GACCCAUCAGCACACCCACUGCUUGCUGGAGGACCACUCUUUGCCCGGGUCUGGACUCCAGUCACGUUCUCUAGUUAAAUGCUUCUCCGGGUCCCCCGCCCCAACAAGGCUGAAAAGGGAAACAUGCGCACUACAGAGCUUGGAGCUGUCCAAGUGCUGAAAUUUAUAGGCUGGGAAACAGGAAUGAACCGGCAGCUAGUGAACAUUUUGACAGCCUUGUUUGCAUUUUUCUUAGAGACAAACCAUUUCAGGACGGCUUUCUGCAAAGACCAUGAUUCCAGGUCUGGAAAACCCCCCUCACAGUCCAUGUCUCCUUCAGAUUUCUUAGAUAAAUUGAUGGGAAGGACAUCAGGAUAUGAUGCACGAAUCAGACCUAAUUUUAAAGGUCCUCCAGUAAACGUUACUUGCAAUAUUUUUAUCAACAGUUUUGGAUCAGUCACAGAGACCACAAUGGACUACAGAGUGAACAUCUUUUUGAGGCAACAGUGGAAUGACUCUCGGCUGGCUUAUAGUGAAUACCCAGAUGACUCCCUGGAUUUAGAUCCAUCUAUGCUGGACUCCAUUUGGAAACCAGACUUAUUCUUUGCCAAUGAGAAAGGUGCCAACUUUCAUGAUGUCACCACAGACAACAAGCUACUUCGGAUUUCAAAAAAUGGCAAAGUGUUAUACAGCAUCAGGUUGACUCUAACCUUGUCUUGUCCAAUGGACUUGAAGAACUUCCCCAUGGAUGUCCAGACUUGUACAAUGCAAUUGGAGAGCUUUGGCUACACAAUGAAUGACCUGAUAUUUGAGUGGCUAAGUGAUGGCCCAGUGCAAGUGGCUGAAGGUUUAACCUUACCUCAGUUUAUUUUGAAAGAAGAAAAGGAACUUGGAUACUGUACAAAGCAUUACAACACUGGAAAGUUUACUUGCAUUGAAGUCAAAUUUCAUCUGGAGCGGCAGAUGGGAUACUAUUUGAUCCAGAUGUAUAUUCCUAGCCUGUUGAUAGUCAUUUUGUCCUGGGUUUCAUUUUGGAUUAACAUGGAUGCAGCACCAGCCAGAGUGGCUUUGGGCAUCACCACAGUUUUGACAAUGACAACUCAAAGUUCUGGUUCCAGAGCUUCACUGCCAAAGGUAUCCUAUGUAAAAGCUAUAGACAUCUGGAUGGCAGUGUGUCUCCUGUUUGUGUUUGCUGCCUUAUUGGAAUAUGCAGCUGUUAACUUUGUUUCAAGGCAACACAAGGAGUUCCUGAGGCUCAGGAGAAGACAAAAGAGACAAAACAAGGAAGAAGAAGUUGCUCGUGAGAGUCGCUUCAAUUUCAGCGGCUAUGGGAUGGGCCAUUGCCUCCAAGUUAAAGAUGGAACAGCAGUCAAAGCCCCACCACCAAACCCACCUCCCGCACCCCCGAAGGAUUCAGACUCCAUCAAAAAGAAGUUUGUGGACCGGGCUAAAAGGAUUGAUACAAUAUCUCGAGCUGCCUUCCCCCUGGCCUUCCUCAUCUUCAACAUCUUUUACUGGAUCACAUACAAAAUCAUUCGGCAUGAGGAUGUCCAUAAGAAAUAGGUGAACCCUUUGGGCGUAGGGACACUGUUGCCCAAAUGUUGUGCUUGUAAAUAAACGGUGGAAUUGUCUUUCUAUCAUUUGGACUGAGGGGUUGGGGGGAGGUAAGAAGGGUGGGGGGUGGAUUUCAUGACACUGAAAGAAGACAGAAAAGUUUCAGUCCAUGAAGAAAAUUGAUUGCACAAAAUGAAGGUAUCACAGAACCAUGUGAUGAGGGUCCCCUUACAAAUCCCUUAACAUGUUCUUCCAGAUCUUGGGUCAAUCAGAUGUGCUCAUGGAGCCAAUUUUUUUUAACUAAUUCUGGUACUGAAAUGUUCACUUAAAUAAAACCUAAAAUACUUUCCAUCUAAUAAUUAUAACGGCUACCCUCCAGUGAGUUAAGAGGACCAAACUUUUUCAGGAAAAUGCUGCCUUUGUAUGUGAAAACAAGUCCACUGAGCUACAUUUCACAAUCCUAUCAGUAGUUAGUGUUUCAUCAAAUCCUUUUGUGGCUCAUAAAUUUAUACUUAAAAAGGGAAAGAAAUGAACACUUCCAAGAAAACCAGAUCUCAACUCAAUUAGCCCUAUAGGUGUGCAUUUUCAUAUCUUGCUUUCCUAGAGUUGUAAUUUUGGGGUAAAAAUUGUGUACUAUGUGAUUAAUUUGAUAGUGUUCUGUCCUAGAAAUCAAUGAGACAAUCCAUGGUAUUUUUCUGCCAAGAUGGUGCACUGACUUUCUUUUGGCUGUAUUUACUUGCAACUUAAAGUGCCAAUGUGUUCUUCCCUCCCCUCUACCACAAUAUUCAUGGACCUCUUGCUUCCUAAAUGGUGUAGCUCAGAUUAGCAUUAACUUCUCCAUCACUGCUCUCAUUGUAGCUGUGAACAAUAGUCCAAUAGGUUUACAGACCACUGAUUUCUACCUUCAUUAAAGUGGCUGUCAUUUUAAAUACCAUUGACUAACCUAAGAGUUUUAAAACUGUACUGUGAUUUUCAUAAUCUGUAACCUUUUGGUACCAGAGCUACGUGGUUCGAAUCCUGGCUACGUGUUUUAAGUAAGAAAAAAAAAGAGGUAUUUUUGCUUAUUCAGAUAAAGACAAUGUGUAAAAAAAUUAUAAUAAAAUGAAAAUAAAUUUUAAAAGUGCAGUAAAAAGGGGUUAUUUUAAAAAGAUUUUAUUUGUUCAAUUUCAAUAAAGCUAAGUGUGCUACAGUACUUCUCCAAAA